AUGAAACAAACGCCGAAAGGUGUUCAAAUGGCCGCUGACGAAAGCCUUCUCGAUCCCCUUCUAGUCUUCGAAGAGAAGGGGCAGAUGUUUCUGGUUGAACUGACCAAGGUCACUCCAUCUCCAAGGCUCGUGGCGUGUUUGCUAAUUUGGGACACCCAAAUUAUUGGGCAUAUUCAGAAGUCCCUUGACUUCACGCUCUUUGACUGUGCUUGGGUUCCAGUCAGCACGAAAUUCGUAGUCGUUGGAUCAAAGCCACGCGGUACGGGUGCCAUACAAAUCUACGAUGUGACGGCCAAAGAUGUGCAACUCCUAACAGAAUCAGAGAAAUCAAGUUCCUUCAAAUGCUGCCAUUUUGGAGCAUCUCGUCUCCCUCAAAGGCACAUUGCAACAGGAGCGUUCAAUGGUCGUCUGGCUAUAUGGGACCUCGGACAAUCGAGCAGGUUGGACGUCCCUGUUUAUGGUGUACAGGCACAUACAGAAAUCAUUAACGCAAUGGACGCCGUCGGUGGCUUAGGCAUUGGAGAGGGCGCGCCAGAAAUUGCCACUGGGAGUCGUGAUGGUACUGUAAAAGUUUGGGAUCCCAGACAACCCAAAGUCCCAGUGGCUACCAUGGAACCAGGAGCUCCAGAAGGCUCCGAAGACUCGGUGUUAGCGAGCAGCAGGAGAGAUUGUUGGACAGUAGCAUUCGGACAUGCGUACAACAAUCAGGACCGUUGUCUGGCUGCCGGCUACGACAAUGGCGAUGUUAAACUAUUCGAUCUCCGCGCUAUGAGAGUCAGAUGGGAAACCAACGUAAAGAAUGGUGUGUGUUCCCUGCAGUUUGAUCGAAAAGACAUUCAGAUGAACAAACUAGUGGCCACUACGCUGGAAGGCAAGAUCCACGUGUGGGAUAUGCGAACACAGCACCCAAAGAAGGGAUUUGCUUCACUGACAGAGAAAACCCAGGGGUCCACGAUUUGGCAGGUACGGCACUUGCCACAGCAACGCGAUGUAUUUAUGACUCUCGGUGGAAACGGCAAUCUCUGUCUAUGGCAGUAUCACUACCCAGCAAAAAGACAGAAAAUGGUCCGGGAAUCUGGUCCUGAAGGUCAAGGUGAUAUCGAGGUUGCUCAGGGUGUGAUUGGUAAGCUGUCGCAGCUUCAGAACGUUACAUUAUCCAGUCAGCCGGUGAACAGUCUUGAUUGGUGUCCAGACAAACUUGGUUUAGCUGUGUGUGUAUCGUUCGACCAAACAGUUCGAUUACUGAUUGUCACAAAACUCAAUAAAUUGUAAAUAAACUGUACUAAGAACUGUGACUGGCUGCAAAAUACAGUGUCUUGCCC